GGAAAACAGAAGAAAAAGCGAGUGAGCAAGUGAAUGAAUAAGAAAGCACAUUCACAAGUCUUCGCGGUUCUCUAUUCCAAGUCUUCUCACAACCUUUGGAAUUUUUUGCCUUUCCUUGUUUGACCCGUUCCAAAUUCCAUUUCCCAUUUCCUUUUUCUUUCCUCUUCUUCACAACCAACCUAUCCUUUAUCAUCUUAAACUCUCACAGGGUUUGUUCUUUGGAGGAUUAUAGUGCUAUGGAGUUUAUAGUUUGUGAUGUGGCUAUGUGGAUUGAAUUGGAUAUUAAUGAAUGAGGUUUCUGUAUUACUUUUUUUGGGUUUGUGUUUAGGAUUUUGGUGAAGAUGGUUCUUCUAAGUAGCUGGAUUUUCAAUUCACAUGUUUUUGUUAAUUUCUUGCUGCUGAUAAUUAGUUGGGGCAUAACCUAUGGAACUGAAACUGAUAUAUUAUGCUUGAAAAGUAUAAAAGAGUCUCUCAAAGAUCCCAAUGGUUAUUUGAAGACUUCAUGGGAUUUCAACAAUAAAACGGAAGGGUUUAUCUGUAGAUUUACCGGUGUCGAAUGUUGGCAUCCUGAUGAGAAUAGAGUUUUGAAUCUCAAAUUAUCGAAUAUGGGACUCAAGGGUCCGUUUCCUCGAGGAAUUAUAAAUUGUUCGAGUUUAACAGGUUUAGAUCUUUCGAUCAACUAUCUGUCCGGAACCAUUCCGGGAGAUAUAUCUUCGCUUCUAACUUUUGUGACAUCUCUUGAUCUGUCUUCAAAUGAGUUUUCUGGAGAGAUACCUGAUAGUCUUGCGAAUUGUACCUAUCUAAACACCCUUAAACUCAAUCAAAACCAACUCACCGGUCAAAUUCCUCUACGAUUAGGCACUCUCGCGCGGAUUAAGAUGUUUGAUGUAUCCAACAAUCUUUUGACUGGGCUGGUUCCAAACUUCACUGAUGGUCAAGUUAGUGUCAAUUAUGCAAAUAAUCAAGGUCUUUGUGGAUCUUCUUCAUUGGGUACUUGUAACCCGAAGGGUUCCUCGAAGAGUAACACUGCGGUUAUAGCUGGAGUAGCUGUUGGUGGAGUGACUCUUGCCGCGUUAGGGUUGGCUAUUUUUAUGUUCUUCUUUGUGCGCCGUGUUUCUUAUAGAAAGAAGGAAGAAGACCCUGAAGGAAACAAAUGGGCAAGAACUAUGAAAGGAACUAAGACAAUUAAGGUAUCUUUGUUUGAGAAAUCGAUUUCAAAAAUGAAAUUGAGUGAUCUCAUGAAGGCUACUAACAACUUCAGCAAUACCAAUAUCAUCGGGUCCGGAAGAACAGGAGCUGUUUACAGAGCUACUUUUGAAGAUGGGGCUACAUUUAUGGUUAAGAGGUUGCAGGAAUCUCAACGCUCUGAGAAAGAAUUUAUGUCGGAGAUGGAGACACUAGGUACGGUCAAACAUCGUAAUCUGGUUCCUCUUUUAGGUUUUUGCGUGGCGAAAAAAGAGAGGCUUUUGGUCUUUAAAAACAUGCCGAAUGGAAUGCUCCAUGAUCAACUACAUCCUGCUGCUGGUGAUUGCACGCUCGACUGGCCUUUGAGGCUCAAAAUUGCAAUCGGAGCUGCCAAAGGAUUAGCAUGGCUUCAUCAUAGCUGCAAUCCUCGUAUCAUUCACCGAAACAUAAGCUCAAAGUGCAUCUUGUUGGACGCAGAUUUCGAGCCCAAAAUUUCCGAUUUUGGCCUUGCCAGAUUGAUGAAUCCACUUGACACACAUUUGAGUACUUUUGUAAAUGGAGAGUUUGGUGAUUUUGGUUAUGUGGCUCCUGAAUAUACAAAAACUUUGGUCGCUACGCCUAAAGGCGAUGUUUUUAGCUUUGGAACUAUACUUCUCGAGUUGGUAACCGGUGAAAGACCUGCACAUGUCGCUAAAGCUCCUGAAACUUUUAAAGGAAAUCUAGUAGAAUGGAUCGCCGAGCUUUCAAGCAACUCACAACUCCACGAUGCCAUCGACGAAUCGCUAGUUGACAAGGGUGAUGAUAACGAGCUUUUCCAAUUUUUGAAGGUUGCGUGCAACUGCGUUACACUGGUCCCAAAGGAGAGGCCUACCAUGUUUGAAGUAUAUCAGUUUUUAAGAGCCAUUGGGGGUAAGUACAAUUUUGCAUCUGAGGAUGAAAUAUUGGUACCUGAAGAUAUUGGUAAUACUGAUAACAUGGUGGAACUUAUUGUUGCAAGAGAAGGAAAUAAUUGAAAAAAGGUAUGCAAGAUAUAUGUAGGGUAUAUGUAAUAAUCAGUUUCUAUAUGUAAUUAUCUGGUUCUUAGUUUGUUUGUCCUAAAAUAAAUGUUAGCUUUUUAGUAUAUAGUUUGAGGAUCUAAAUCCAGUACUGUGCUAUUGAUAUUGAAAUGUUGAUAUAAGAUUAUCAAUCAUGGAUUUUAUAUAGUUGAGUUAUUUCUUUCUAUCCUUAUUUUAUGAUCCCUAUUGUAAUACUAUUAUGUAUGAUACAAACUUUUCAAUUGUAAAUUUGUUUAAGUUGUUAGGUGAA